AUGCAGAUUCAACCAGAGCUUGUGUUAGGGAACAAUGUGUUGGUUGCUGCUCAUGGGAAUUCGUUGAGGUCUAUCAUUAUGUAUCUUGACAAGUUAACUUCUCAAGAGUUUACAAGUUUAGAGCUGUCUACAGGUUUACCGUUUCUCUACAUCUUCAAAGACAGGAAGUUCAUGAGACGAGGAAGUCAUGUUGAUCCUACAGAAGCUGGUGUCUAUGCUUAUACUAAGAGAUUGGCACAAUACAAACAGAAGCUUAAUGAGACCCUUAACUAG